CACUACUCUUGGUUGGACGCUUGAACUACAUUCUGCAACUUUGUCUUCUCAGUUUUAUUAUCAGUUUCAGGAUGACGAAAACCAACCAGAAAUGUUCCAACGGUGGUGGUAGCGGUAGCACCUGGAACUGGGUUGACCCUGAAGUUUUGAAUACCAAGUCAGACAUCAACAUCGCCAAUCUCACCCCCACCAAACUCCUCCAACCAAAUCAUGCAAGUGUAUCAUUCGGACACUGCACCGACCUUGACCGUGUUUGUUACGGUUCAGGUGAAGAAGAACAAGAACGGUUCUUCUUCGUGUACAAGGCGCUUUUCACUGAUUUGAUGCUACCUCUUCCUUUCUCCGAUUUCCAUAUGAGUAUCCUCAACAAGAUUGACGCAGCUCCUACACAGCUUCACCCUCACGGUUGGGUCUUCGUUCGGUGCUUCGAACUCCUAUGCCAGUUUCACAAACUCACCCCUACUGUUCCCACUUUCUUCUACUUCUUUCAGUUGGUGGAGAAGAAGAAAGGUGCAUGGCUUCAUAUUCAUGCUCGUCCAGGUUCACAUAAGCUUCUAUCUUUGGAUUUGAGGUGCUUCCGCUUCAAAAACAAUUUCUUCAAAGUCAAGGGGAGUGAUGGUGGUAGCUCUGUUCCUUUCUUCAUGGAUCAGAACAAGAACCCAAAGUUUCCUCUUUUUUGGUCUGAGUUCGUGAAGUUUCCAGAUUCGCCUGUGUUUUGGAGCCUCUCUGAUUCUGAGAAAGCUUUGGUCACAAAGUUCCAGAAGCUGAAAGCUCCAUUCUCUUGUUCCUCUCUCAUUAAUGCUGAGGAGUCAGAGUCGGAAGAGGAAGAGGAAGAAGCUGAGGAAGUGAAGAAGAAACCGAAGAGGAAGGAGGAAGUACUCACAAGAGAAAGAGCAGCGGAGAAGAUGAAGAAGAAGCAAAAGGUUUCUGUGGAGAACAGUGCUGCUCCUCUUACUCCUCCUCCUUUGUUUCACGAACAGAACAUUGUUGCAGAUAUUGAUAUGCAGCAUCUGCAAGAUUUUGAAGGAGAAGGAAGGGUCCUCUCCCUGUGGGAUAGCCGCUUUGAUUUCGACCAUCACAUUCGGCAUCACUUGUUAUCUAGCCCUGACCAGGACAAGCUCCACCAUACCGGCCACGCGGAAGUUGGACGUUUCGUGAAGGCGAAUGCACUGAGAAUAGCGGCUGCUACUGAGUUCUUGGUAGAGGAGCUGGAAAAGAAGGAGAGGCAACUAUGCAGGGUGGUGACUAAGCUGGAGAAGGCGGAGAGGGAGGUUGCUAAGUGUUUGGGGGAGCUUGAGAGGGUAAAGAAGGAGUCUGAGUAUACUGAAUUGUGUCUUAUGAGGGAAUGGAAGAAAUCUGUGAGAGUGUCAUUUCAAAAUGCUGUUGAUCAGGUCCAAUUGGGAUUCCCAAAGCUGAAUAUGGAUUCUAUUAUGUUGGAUCCUUUCAAGGUUGUUGAGGGAGAUAAGCUGGUGGAUAUGAAAUCAAGAAGGCAAGAUGGUGUUUUUGCUGUUUCUUCUGUUCUGUAAGACUCAACCAGCACUUUAUGUUACUUCUCUAGUACUUGACUAAUCUCUCGGUGUUUUUUGUUCAUCAAGUUUAGUAUAUUAGUAAGCAUUUCUUUACUUUUAAUCUCCAUAUGUAUUAGGAUUUUACAAGUUUUAGUUUCGACGGUUGUUUUGCAGUUCAUCAAGCUAGCUUUAUGUUUCAAGAAUUGCAAUAUAUAUGUAUAUUAUCUCACUCUGCAUAUACUCUUGUGAUGAUUACGAUUUUGUGAUUCCUGCUCUUGGUGCUCAAGUUGGCUUUAAUUGUAAUAUUCCAUCACACCCUCUUAUUUGAACUAGUGAAGAAUUGCUCAACUUUGUCAAGUGUCAAUCCACAUUUGUCGAUCAUUUUUUUUUCAACAAUGCUACUGCAUCCAUGUAUUUCAACUACUGUCAAGAAAUGCAACAAGUCACUAUGUAGUACUUUUCAAAGAAAUGCAUCAAGAACUCUGGUUUUUCUUGUCGGCGUGCUCAAUUAUUCGGUUUCUUUUUUAUUAUGGGUCUAUCUAAUGCUCACUUAUUCAUGCCAUCCCACUAGCUCCGGUUACGCGAAUGAAAUCAGCACACUGCUUGCUUGAUUAACUAGCAAAGUUUUUGUUUGAUUCUGUAUUUCUGUCCCUAUCACUUGGAUUCUAGCCAACUUUUUACCUUAUAAACUAUCGUCACGAUCUUAUUGAAUGAAGCAAAAACAUCAUGAACACUCUAUGUUGAGUAAAAUAGAAACAAACAUGGACCAACACAAAACGGAUGAUGACAGAAAAAGGUGGCAUUAUCGGAGGAAAUGGUUUUUAUUCUGGAAUCUGGACAUUAUGUGCAGUCAAAACUGUGGUUCAUCUCUUCCAUUUUAAAAUCGCUAGUCACCAAGUGUACAUCAAA